GCGAAGCUACGAAGUUUGGCAAAAAAAAAUUAUUCGAAAGCGGGUUUUCAUGAAAUAAUAAUUUUUGAAAAACAUAACAGAAACAUAAUCUACUCAAUUCGAAUUGAGAAACAACUUUUAAGUUGGAUCAACAGAUUUAUAACAUUUAAAUAUUUUGUUUGUCACAAAACCGAUUGAUAAUAUUAAACUACAGUAUACUAAAAUGGGCAAACAACGCUCGUGGCUGGACUACCGAUUGGUUCUGUUACUAACUGGAGUAGCUUGCGCUUUCGAAGUGGAUCAGCCGUUUGCAAUACAUUUGGACGUCAGAAGAACUCUUGACGAUUCCAUGCGAAUCGGAAAAUCAUGUGAGAGAAAGAUGUCUGCUAUGGAUAGUUUUCUGGAAAUCAGUGGCAAGCAGGCGGAAUUGAAUUUGGUUUCUGUUGAAAAAGUAGAAAAUUUGGAGAAAAGGCUUAACUCUUGUGUUCUUAAACAUAAUGCUUUGGAGAAUACAAUGCAAAGCAUGACUACGACAUCCAAGGAAACCAUAGACGAAUUAAAAGAAAAUGUUUUGAAACUGCGGUCAUCAGCGGCGGAUUUAGCAUCCAAAAUUGAAAGCGGAUGACUUAAUAUAUUGACAUAAGUUUAGUUUUGAAAAGUUAGAGAGUCAAAAGUCGAAAUAAAAUAUUAUAUUGUUACUAAA